AUGGAGAACAUGACUUUAAACCAUGCAACUCCUCAAGAAGCACAGAGACCAACCUGGAAACAAUGGUUCCUCUACUCAACAAUAAUCAUUUUACUAUUGCUUUGCUCCUUCAUUACACUAAUCCUUAAUUUUCUCCCAUGCAAGCCUCCCAGUGAGCCAUGUGUAGCACAAUUUGGACCAUUACCCUCCAAAUGGCAAAUGUCGUCUCCUGAAUUUCCUUGUAUGGAUAAGAGAGGUGACUGGAAGCUGAGGAUUCUUCGGAAAGGCUCCUAUUUAAUUUAUGGUCAAGUGGCUCCCAAUACAACCUACCAGGAAAAAGCUCCUUUUGAAGUACAGCUACUGAAAAAUGAAGACAUCAUACAAACUGUUACAGACAAAUCUAAAAUCCAGUAUGUUGGAUGGCCUGGUGAGCUGCAUGCUGAAGAUACAAUAGACUUGAUGUUCAACGGUGAACAUCAAGUUCUAGAGAACAACACAUACUUGAAAGUCUUUUUGAUAGAAAAUAUCACAUUGACCUCCUAGAGACUUGAUUAGGUUUCCUUAUCUUCUUUAGCACAUGAUGAUGGGUGGGUAGGUGGAUUGGAGGAAGCAAAUUUUCAGCACCUAAAGUUUGGCUACACAAAUCAACACACAUGGAACUCCUCUGUAUGCAAAUGUUUCUUUCUCUUGCUUAUCAGAAAGAGAUUCGGUAGAAGGG